ACCCAUCUUAUCUCGCGAGAUUACCAGCCUUCGCGAGAUCUUAGCCCAGGGGAGUGUGUGCCCAUCUCGGCGCCAUCUUGGAUGUGGGCAGCCUUUGCCAAGCCCCUGUGUGGAUGGGGGCCUGAGACCGAGCCGUCCUGAGCCCCCAGACCAAUUGUCAGUGUGUCCCCAGCACCCCCAGACUAAUCUGCAUCCUGACCGCUGUCCCAGCAGUUGCCAUGGUGCCUGCCAGUCACUCACCCUCACCUAUGGUUGGCCAAUGGAGACCCCCAGCCCCUCACUCUGUGCCCCUUGGGGUGAGGCAGGGCCCGGCCAUGGGCAUGGGUAACCGGGAGCGAAGGGCCAGGACAGCAGGAGAAGGGCGGCCCGCCAUCACCCUGCUGCUUUCCCACAUCCCUCCCCGCCACUGCUCCCAUGGGGGUUGGCCCCCUUCCAUGGGAGGCGCUGACCAGAAUAGCUUCGCUAUCAGAUGCCCGCAGGGAAGCCUGGCCUUGUUGGGGCUGACAUUUGAGCUCAGCCCUCCCUUGGCAGGAGCGGGAUGUGCGCGUGGCCGCCCCGUCACCACCCUGCUCCCAGGGACGAGCGCUGGGACACCCGCAGGGUCUCCUCGGGGAGCUGGGCGCUCCCAGAGCCCCGUGUACCGUAGCAGCAUGGCCCAGCGGGGCCGAGGCGCUGCCCGCAAGGCCUCCAAGAAACCUGCAAAGGAGCCGGCAGCAGCGAGGGCUCCUGACAUGGACUCCCUCGGCUUCCAGGCCAUGGACAGCAAUGUGCCGGGGCUGUCCCAUGUCAUCCUGCAGAAGCUCAACAUGAAGAGCUACGAGGACUACAAGUCUGCCAUGGAUGGGAGGAAGAAGGGCAGUGACUUCGGCAUCCGGACUUACUUCGACAUGUUCCAGAAGAUGGAGGACACCUUCAAGUUCUGCGCCGAGUGCAAGAAGCUCCCUGAUGCCCUCCCCGACCCCAAAAGUCUCAGGCGAUGCAAGAGAUGCCAAAACGUGUACUACUGCAGUGUGGCGUGCCAGCGUGCCAACUGGCCUCUGCACAAAAAGUUCUGCAAGAAGCUGAAGCUGGUGGCCCUGGACCGGCUGGUGGAGUGGCUGAUCUUUACAGGUGACAUUCCCUUCCCCACGGAGAACUGGACAAAACCCGCAGGGGAUGUGGCAGGCUGGGAGGACUGGUUCUCCAUGCAGGGGCAGCUGGAGGAGAAGCUGGACGCUGUCCUGGCUGGGCGCUACAUGAGCCUCCUCUGGGCCAACGCAGGCAAGCCCCGGCCGGAGGAGGGAGAGCUGCGCGAGUCUGUCCGGCGCCUCGUCACUGACUUCCACUCACGGCCACUCACCAUUGGCCUGGGGUUGCGUCUCUUUGGCAUCGAUCCCCUUGCCAAGCCUCUCACCAUUCACGUGGUAGGGGCAUCCCACGUCGAGACCCUCAACACCCGGGUGACAGACUAUGAUGAGCUGGCGCGGAUGUUCCCGGGCCAGCAGGGCAUGGAAGUGGUGAUGGUGGGAGUUGAUGUGGUGGAUGGGGCCAUCAUGAGGCCCCCCUUGGCCACAUCGGGACCCCCGGGAAGGAUCUAUCUCAGCAGCUACAAGGGCCUGUACCACGACUUUUGGGAAGACCAAGUGGAGACCAAGCUGGCCGCCCGCCCCGACCUGGUGGUGGGCUUCCACCCAGGUUUCCAUGCCUGCCACGACCUCAUGGCAGGCUGGCUGCCCACGCUGCUGCUUCUGCGGGACUACUGCCUGCCCACUCUCUUCACUGUCUACAGCGAGCAGGAGCUGAAGUCCUCACUGCAGAUCCUGGUGGAGCUGGAGAUGUGCGUCACGGGUUACUCUGCCAACCCCUUCGCCUCGCUGCGGCCCGAGCAGGUCUAUUCCAGCCCCAACAAGGCCCCUGUGUACUGCAGCUCUCACUAUAUCACCCUGCUGGGGCCAGCCACCUCUGUCAGGGAACUGGAGGGUGACAGCGAUGACGAUUAGCAGGGAAGGGAGCCGUGUGGCUGGAAGCAUCGGUGAGCUGACCCAGCUCGAUCUUCCCCGUCCUGCCCCACAAACCCCAAUCCCACUGCUGCCUUUCCCAGCCCAGCUGAAGUAUCCAGUGUGUGCUGUGUGUGGGGACGGUGCAGGCACAGCUCUCCUCUGCAGAGCCCAAUAAACCACCACCAGGAGCCAGCCA